AGUAAAGCGCUCAGUAAGCGGCCAGCCGCCUCAGAAGACGGGUCGUUCCUACGGUUAAUCUUUGAUACGAACUUCAAAGGAGAUUUAAAUAUUGAAUAACUGAAAAUUAGAAGGUAUUAAAAAUUUAUCAAUGAAAUUUGCGUUACCAAAAAUUAUCGAUAAUAAAAACUACGAUUUUCCGUGUGGUCAGAAUUGAGAAAAAAUUUCGAUAAAACGAAUUUUAACAAUUUCGAAAAAGACCGUAGGAUUCUUAUUAAAAAAAACCUGUACGAUUUUCACCCCGUCCGAGUCGUUUGAGUUCGAGAAAUAAUUUUAUUUCUUAUUUAUUUAAUUCGCUUUACCGAUCGUGCGACUUUUCUCAACUGUAACGAUUCGAUUUCGAAAGAGGUCUGUUUGGAAACUAAUAUUCUCCGUAAUUCAUGAAUGGGUUAUACACAAGUGAACCGUGAAUAGUGUGGAUCGUAUUUACAUCGUUACAAGAAAAUAAACCAUUGAAUAAUCGAACGAAUGAAUGAAAUUACGUUAAAACGAGUGCCGCAAUUAUUUUAUACUAUGUGAAAAAUCGAGUAUCCGAUUCGAAAGUGAGAAAAGAAAUUCAAGAACCGAAAAAAUUUUUCAACCUUGCGAACGAGGAGUCGGCCACGACGAAAAAUACCGAUCAAAAAUCGCUGCCAUGCGGCGCUCCGAAAAUCGCGUCUAGUUCGCUUCCGAUAAACGAGCCAAAAAAAAAAAUUGAUCAAAACAAUCGCAAGAGCCCGACUAUCCCUACCGAUUUACACGAGGACGACAGCGACCUGCCUAACAAUGGCGAAAAAUCGUCUCAAUCUCGCGUUACCCGCAUUUCUGGCGGGAGUGUCGAUGGUAUUAUUGAUUCCACCUUCGAUCGCGGGUGGCGAAAGUUACAUGAAAAUGUUCGCCGCGCAACAGAGCCCUGUCGAUCCCUGUUUCGACGAAGAUCGUCCGCGUCGUUGCAUACCGGAUUUCGUUAACGCGGCGUUCGGCACAUCGGUGGAAGCCUCGUCCACGUGCGGAAGCGGAGGACCGACGAGAUACUGCGACGUAAACGAAUUGGCGGGAGUUAACGGACCGGUGGGUACCGGCCAGUGUCACGUAUGCGACGAUUCGACGCCGAGGAAAAGAUUUCCUCCCAGCUAUCUGACGGAUCUCAACAAUCCGAACAACAUCACCUGCUGGCGUAGCGAGCCGUUGGUGUCGUCGCAGAGUUUCUCGGCACCACCCGACAACGUGACGCUCACCCUGUCGCUGGGCAAGAAGUACGAGCUGACCUACGUCAGUCUGCAAUUUUGCCCCAAGGCGGCCAAGCCCGACUCAAUAGCGAUCUACAAAUCGAUGGAUUACGGAAAGACUUGGCAACCGUUUCAGUUCUACUCGUCGCAGUGUCGCAGGGUGUACGGCAGGCCGAACAGGGCAACGAUCACCAAGGCCAACGAACAGGAGGCGAGAUGCACCGACAGCCACCGGUACACCGGAGGCGACGGUCUCGGGCCGGUGGGAAGAAUCGCCUUCAGCACCCUCGAGGGACGACCGUCGGCCCCCGAUUUCGACAACUCGCCGGUCCUCCAGGACUGGGUCACCGCCACCGACAUCAAAGUGGUGUUCAACCGGCUCCACAUGCCGCACGGUCAGGACGAUUUCCCGAAUCCCGAGGAGGCGCACAACAACGAGGACGCGACGGCCAAGGAGAUCAGAAAGGACGUGCAGGAACGCUCCAAGUCGUCGAAGAAUCAGGCGAAAAAUCAACUGAUCAAAGGUUCCGUUCAGUUGGAACAGGACGUGCAGAUCGGCGCUACGGUUCUUCCGUCCGUACAAGUUAUAGGACCCCAAGAUAUGCAGUCGAACGACGCCCUCGACGCGGACGUUCAAGAGAUGAGUUUCGUUACGACAACGGUAACCACCGCGACGACCACCACGUUGGCGCAUCAUUACGCCGUUUCCGAUUUCGCUGUUGGCGGCAGAUGCAAAUGUAACGGACACGCGGCCCGAUGCGUACCCGACAAGGACGGCGAGGUGUCCUGCGAAUGCAGACACAACACCGCCGGAAGAGAUUGCGAGAGAUGCAGACCCUUUCAUUUCGACAGACCAUGGGCCAGGGCCACCGCAAAGGACGCCAACGAGUGCAAGGCCUGCAAUUGCAAUCUGCACGCGAGGAGGUGCAGAUUCAACAUGGAAUUGUACAAACUUUCGGGUCGCGUGAGCGGCGGAGUUUGUCUCCAGUGCAGACAUUCGACUGCCGGAAGACACUGUCACUAUUGCAGGGAAGGAUACUACAGAGAUCCGGCACGGCCAAUAACCCAUCGGAAGGCCUGCAAACCCUGUGACUGCCACCCCAUCGGUGCCUCGGGCAAAACUUGUAACCAGAGUACCGGGCAGUGCCCGUGCAAAGACGGGGUAACUGGAAUAAUGUGCAACAGAUGCGCCAGGGGCUACCAACAGAGUAGAUCUCACAUUGCACCCUGCAUAAAAAUUCCAAAAGUCGUUCAGACCCAGGGAAUGGCUGGAGAAGACAGCGGCGAACACGACGAAACCGAACAAGAACAUGGCUACGAUGGACGCGCCGAUCAGUGUGGAAAAUGUCGCGCAGGUACAAGAAGGUUAAAUCUAAACAAGUACUGCAAAAGAGACUUCGCAAUAAUGGGUAAGGUGACGGACAGGCACGUUGAGAACGGGGCGAGUAAUUCCGGUUCGGCGGAAUGGGUCCGUUUCACCAUUCAAGUUCAAAGCGUCUACAAACGUGCCCGAGAAUCUAGACUUCGCAGGGGACCUAUGACCCUCUACAUCCACGCCGCCGAUCUCGCCUGCAAAUGCCCCAAGGUCAAGGCCAACAAAUCGUACUUGAUUUUGGGUCGAGAAAACGACGGAGGUCACCAAGGUGCGUUAACAGCAACGCAGAGAUCAAUCGUUAUCGAAUGGCGCGACGAAUGGCACCGUCGAAUGCGUCGUUUUCAACGACGAGCGAGAUCAUGUCACUGAAAUGGUAUGGAUUCCCAAUAAUAUAUAUAUCACUUUAACGUCUGAAGAAACAGAAAAUUAAAAAAAGAAACAACAAAAUCAUUGAAUAAUAAUAAUAAUAAUGAUAAUAAUAAUGAAAAGAGAUUAAUAUUAAUAAUAAUUUGCAAUUUCUAUAAUAUAUAUUUAUUAUAUAUAUAAAUACGUGUAAUACGUGUAAUUUAUAUUAAAAAAACACCUAAUUCGCGACGCGGUAUUGACUAACUUCGAUGUGACCCGACUAACUACAUAACGAUUACACCUUAACAUUUUUUUUAAUUUUUUUUGGUUUCAAUGAAAAUAGAAGAAAAAAUUAAUUCCCGAGAAGAAAUAGAAGAAAUGAAAAUACCAAGUUUAAUUUGUUCUGAAUCUCGGUAAUAAUGCGUAAUGAAUAUAUAUACCUACCUGUACACCUAUAUAACCAUCGGCUAUAUAAUAAUCAACGAAAAAAAUUAGUACACAUAACGUAUGAAUUUAAUAAUAUGACAUUUGGAGAAAAGCUUCGGUUAAAAAUUGAGUUACGUUUUCUCUCCCUUGAUUUCUAAAUUUCUCUCUGCAAUCUUCCGAUUUUAUUCAAAUAUAUUGUUUAUGCAUCGUCGUGUUAUCAUUAUCAUUGUUAUUAUUAUCAUUAAUAUUGGUAUCAUUUAAUGAACAGAUCCAACUAUGUAAUUGCUAUUAAUUAUCAUAAGUAUAUAUAAUACCAAUUAAUACUGUAAAUGGCACAAAGCUUGUUUUUAAUUAAUUGAUUAAUUUCUUUCUUUUCUUUUUACUUCCUCCUAAUUUAUUAUUAUGUAUAAAUAAGAAUAUACAUACAAUAUAAUUACCGCAUGUAUUAAUCAAUUGAUUCAUAUAUAUUAUACACUAUGUAUUAUUAUUAUUAAUUACAUAAUAUUCUAUACAUAUACAUGCAUAUAAAUAUAUAACUUAUUUAUAUAAUUAUAAACGUAUAUAUUAUGAUGUAAUGAUAAAUAUUCAUUCACAAUCAGACUAAUAUAGAUUUUCUUGUAAAUUUCUAUAUAAAUUAUUAAAUACAGUAUAAAAUAUAUAAAUAAACCUAACACUACUGCUACUACUACUAAUACUAAUUACUACUACUACUAAUAAAAAGAAAAUCGAGAACGAAGUAAAUUACAGAAAUUGAUAUUGAGAUAAAAUAAUUUCAAGUAGAAAAUAAAAUAGCAAUUCGUGCGGGAGAAUGAGGAUCAAAAUUAGACGAAAACCACAAAUGACACUAGAUAUAUUCUUUUUGAGUUUAUAAUUCUCUAUCAUUUUAAUUAUUAUUAUUUGAUUAUUUAAUUAAUAUUAAUACACGAAGUUCAUUAUGCACAUUUAUUAUGCAUCACGAUUUUUAUUGUACAGUAUAUUAUACAUAUAUACAAUUUGAACAGUAUUAACAGAAAAAUAAAAGAACAAAAAAAAAUUUUUGAUCGUGAUUGAUAUAAGUAUAUAUAUUAUACAUACAUAUAAUAUAAACAUAUUCAUAACAUAAUAUUAAUAUAAUGACUAAAUGAGUGAAUAUUGUCUAAGAAUACGGGCUAAUUGACACGUAAAAUUUGUUCAAUGUACCGUGGAUUCCGUGUUCAUUAAUUAAAUAAUAUCCUUUUUCGUUUUAUUUCUCCCAUCCUCUUUUUAUUUAUUUAUUUUUUUUCUUGUAUCUUGGAAUUUAUCUUUUCCACUGUAAAACUGCUCACUAAUAAUAUAAUCAGAAUCUGCACAUCAUUGUAAUAUGUAAUCCAAGUUCCUAUAAUUAAAUACAGUAAUACACUAUACGUAUAUUAUGGUUAUAGAAGCGAAUGAAACAAAAUUUUUUUUAUUGUAAAAGCUCGACUCUUCCAGCACCCACAAAAUUUUUUAUUUAUUCAUUCAAGUUUUUUUUUUUUUCCUCGUUUCUUUAUUCAAUCGAUACAUCUAUAUCAAAAUUGAUGAACGAUCACGAUAACAGUAAUAAUAAUGAUAA